AUGUUCAUCUCGAGUGAUGCCUCCAGCACCAGCAUACCUGAUAGAGCUUGUGGUGGCCAUAUAGCGGUACCUUUACUCAUCGCUGUUCCGAGCAUCAUCCGGCUACGACAAUGCUUGAUCGAAUUCUUCCGAGUAUAUAGACGUGGGAAUCGCCGUGUUGAUGGCUGGGGUGGUCAGCAUCUUGCCAAUGCUGCUAAAUACGCUACAGCACUGCCUGUGAUUGCUUUGACUAUGCUACAGCGCAAUUAUGAUGCGUCCAUCAUCGGAGUGAGCGAAGAAACGUUGCAUAAACUAUGGUAUGCUCAUUUUUACUCUACGCUCCCCUUAAGCCUGCUUCUAACUUCAAGCAGGAUACUCUCUGCCAUCAUCAACUCCUCAUAUACUUUCUAUUGGGAUAUCGACAAGGAUUGGGACCUCUGUCUUUUCUCCGAUAUCGUGGGCCAGUUCCGUCCUACUUCUACUCUGAGAGAGGAAAACCCGCACCCAUUUGGGCUUCGCGCAAAUCGUUUCUUCCACGCCAAUGCCAUCUACUACUCUGCCAUUGUGAUUGACCUGGUCCUACGAUUUACCUGGCUCAGCCGACUAACCACACGAUUGAACUGGGUCAACGAUCUGGAGAGCGGAGUGUUUGCUCUUAUGUUUUUAGAAGUUAUCAGACGAUGGCUUUGGAUUUUCCUGAGAGUCGAAACUGAAUGGGUCCGGAAUACCCGUGGCCCGGCUCCUGAUGAUAUUCUACUUGGGGAAUUCACCAAGAUGGAUGAAGAUUAA